UGGGCGCGGGCACCGCCACCACCCGCCGGCCCCGCCGCCACCUACCCGCAGCCGCCCCGGAACUCGCCGCCGCCGGCCCGGCCCGGCCCCUGCCCCGCGGCGCGGAGCGGCCCAGCCCGCAGCAUGGCCCCCCGCCGCUGACCGCCCGCCCCGCGCCCGCCGCCCUCGGGGGGGGGGCUUCAUCCUUCUCGGUUUUUUUUUUUUUUAAUUUUGAAAUUUUUUAAUUCUUGCGGGGGGGCGACGCUCGUUUGGUUGUUUUGUUUUUUUUUUUUUUAAUUUUUAUUUUCUCCUCCUUCGGCUCGGUGGAAAACACACGUUUUAGAACAAAAUACCAAAAAAGCCCACCCUCUUUGCUUUGCUUUUCGCAGCAACUUGGAAGCCCGUUAAUUGCACUUGGCGAUGGAUGAGUUCCACCCCUUCAUCGAGGCGCUGCUCCCCCACGUCCGGGCCUUCGCCUACACCUGGUUCAACCUGCAGGCCCGCAAGCGCAAGUACUUCAAGAAGCAUGAGAAGAGGAUGACGAAGGAUGAGGAGAGGGCAGUGAAGGAUGAGCUGCUGAGUGAGAAGCCAGAGGUGAAGCAGAAAUGGGCCUCGCGCCUCCUGGCCAAGCUGCGCAAGGACAUCCGGCCCGAGUGCCGCGAGGACUUCGUGCUCUCCAUCACGGGCAAGAAGCCCUCGUGCUGCGUCCUCUCCAACCCCGACCAGAAGGGGAAGAUGCGCCGCAUCGAUUGCCUGCGGCAGGCGGACAAGGUGUGGCGGCUGGACCUGGUCAUGGUCAUCCUCUUCAAAGGGAUCCCGCUGGAGAGCACCGACGGCGAGCGCCUGGUCAAGUCGGGCCAGUGCACCAACCCCAUCCUCUGCGUCCAGCCCCACCACAUCAGUGUCUCUGUCAAGGAGCUCGACCUCUACCUGGCUUACUUCGUCCGUGAGAGAGACGCAGAGCAGAGCAGCAGCCCCCGGACGGGCAUCGGCUCGGACCAGGAGGACAGCAAACCCAUCACGCUGGAUUCAACAGACUUCCAGGAAAGUUUUGUCACCUCGGGGGUGUUCAGCGUCACCGAGCUCAUCCAGGUGUCCCGAACGCCGGUGGUGACAGGCACGGGGCCAAACUUCUCCCUGGGGGAGCUGCAGGGCCACCUGGCCUAUGACCUGAACCCCUCCAGCACCGGCAUGAGGAGGACGCUGCCCAGCACCUCAUCCAGCGGGAGCAAACGGCACAAGUCGGGGUCCAUGGAGGAUGACAUCGACACCAGCCCAGGCGGCGAGUACUACACCUCCUCCAACUCCCCCACCAGCAGCAGCCGCAACUGGACAGAAGACAUGGAAGGGGGCAUCUCCCCCACCGUGAAGAAGACGGAGAUGGACAAGUCUCCCUUCAACAGCCCAUCACCCCAGGACUCCUCGCCCCGGCUGAGCAGCUUCACGCAGCACCACCGUCCCGUCAUCGCGGUGCACAGCGGUAUCGCUCGAAGCCCGCACCCGUCGUCUGCGCUGCAUUUCCCCACCACCUCCAUCCUCCCCCAGACGGCCUCCACCUACUUCCCCCACACGGCCAUUCGGUACCCGCCUCAUCUCAACCCGCAGGACCCGCUGAAAGAUCUCGUCUCGCUGGCCUGCGACCCGUCCAACCAGCAGCCCGGACCGUUAAAUGGAAGUGGUCAAGUGAAAGUGCCCAGCCACUACCUGCCCACGCAGAUGCUGGCGCCGCCACCUCCCCCCGGCAUGCCCCGCUUGGCCGUCUCUCCUGACACCAAAUCCACCACGACAACUACCGAGGGAGGGACGACCUCACCGACAUCACCCACCUACUCUGCACCAGGCACGCCCCCUGCGAACCGUUCCUUCGUGGGAUUAGGACCAAGGGAUCCUGGGAGUAUCUAUCAGGCACAGUCCUGGUACCUGGGAUAACCACCGCCGUGCCGCCCCUUCGCCUCCCUUCUCCUCUGCUUUAGGCACCCCUGGAGGAACAUCCCCGUCCCCGAGCACCAGGCCCAGCCUUGCGGUGACGACGGAGAGCGUGGACUCACAACGAUGAUGAUGAUGACGACGACGACGAUGACGACGACGACGACGACGACGACAAGCAAAACCCACACCCGAAGGAAAGAGCGAGGGAAAGGAAGAAGGAAAAGGGUCAAACUUUUUUAAAAAGGAAGAAAAAAAAAAAUACAAACAAAACAACAACCCAUCCCAGGAGGACCUUCCCCCAACCCCAACCCGGCGAUGCGCCAGAAAACAAAGAAACAAAAAAACAAGAAAAAAAACACUAUUAUUUGCCCCGUCAGCCGGCGCCGCGCUGAGACCUGACACAACUCGUGCCAGCAAUGCCUCCCGGAGUGGCAGCGGGGCUGUGGCGCCAGAGCCCUGCCGGCUGCUCACCGGAGGGUCGGAUAUGCAAACGGCUCUUGACUCUCAUUCUUGCCUCUAUGUGAGUAGAAAAGAUCCCCCCCCCGCCACCCCCCGGCCCCACACAGACUCUCGGGGGGGCCCCAGGGCCGAGGUGGGGCGCAGCGGGGUGGGGGUCACCUCCUGCCACCGGUUCCCCAUGCGUGCAGCCGCGCUCGCUGUCGGGGCGAGGCGAUGCUCCGUGCCGUGAAAGCGCCUUGGGGAUGGGUGAUGCUGUGCUGGGGUGACACGGUGACAUGCGUGGUGGUGACACCGCAUGGUGAUGCGGUGACGUGGUGGCACAGUGGCACGGUGGCCAGCUCGGCUUGGCACGAGUGGGUGCCACAGGAGGAGGGGGCUCGGGGCCAUGGGGGGUGCAUGGCCACGGCCAAAGACGGUGGCAGUGGCACCCCGAUUCCCACGGGGACACUGCCACCAUGGCCCCAGCAGCGCCCGGGCUGCCACCGUCGGGCCAGGGCACUGGUCGCCAUCUCUCUGCAAUGCCUUCCUUGCCCCCCCAGCCCUGGCCCAUGUCCCCACGUGUGUCCCUGUGUCCCCCUGCGUGUCCGUGCGCCGGGGGAGGGUCCGUGGGGCUGUGGAGGGGCGUGCGUCCGUGUGUCUGAGCUAUGCAUUCCUGUGGACAGGUACCAGGUGGGUGGCGAGGGGAGGGUGCGCUCGUGUUGCACAUUUUGUAGGAAAUGCACUUUUAAGAGGGAAUCAAAAAAGAAAGAAGAAAAGAAAAAAAAAAAUCACAAAAAAGGAGGAAAGAGGAGGAGGAGGAGGAAGAGGAGAGGAGACAGAGCCCCUGGCACUGGCUUGCCAGGAUGGCUGGUUUGGGGUUUUUUGGGUUUUUUUUUUUUUUUUUUAAAUACAAAAGGAUGGAGAAAUGGAGCCUGAGCAAGGGCGAGGGCAGAGCCAGCCCCACAGAGCCCCCGGCCCCGCGUCAAGUGCCUGAUCUGCGGUGGGGAGGGGUCUCGGGACCCCCGGAGGAGCCCCCAGCCGGGGCCAGUGCUGGAGGAAGCGUCCGGCCAUCCCCGUCCCGCACAAUGGCAGCGUGGCCGAGGGGACUUGGGGACGUGGCAGUGCCUUAGAUCAGAGGGACCCAUGCAGCGGCCGAGGCGAGGAGGAGGAGGAAGAUGACGAAGGCACCCGGCGUCUCCAGCAAGAUGGUGGCAGCCGCGGAGGAGACUGGUCCCAGGCGUGUCCCCAAGGGGACCCAGGGAGCCCACGCCCCAGGGACACCCCACGGGUGAUGAUGGAGAGAAGCCACCAUGGGAUGUCCAGGAGCAGGGGAUGUCACCAAGGCCACAGCUGCCACCCGUCUGUCCCCCUCCCCUGGCACCCAGAGCCGCCCGUGGACCACCGGCAUCGCAUCCCCCAUCCCAGCGGCCCCCCGCUCCCCCCUGCUUCCCACCCACCCCCCGGGAUGGCACAGCGCAGCGAGGCUGGAUCCUGCCUGCCCACGGCAUGGCACCGGGGAAAGGGCUGAUGCAGGAAAUCCCGGGAGACAAAAAAAUAAUCAAAAAGGACAAGAAAAGGAGAAAACCCACAAAAAAAAAAAAAAAAAAAAAGGAAAAAAAAAAGAAAA